GCGCUGCAAGAUGGCGGCGGGAGCCGAGCGCGGCGCGGCGCUGCCCGCGGAGCCGCCGCCGCUGAGCGCCGAGGAGGUGGCGAGGCGGCUGGCGAGCACCCGCCGCGAGCUGGGCAACCGCCGCAAGAUCCUGCUGCGGAACCUGCCGGCCGAGAGCAGCAGCCAGGAAAUCCAUGACUUGUUUAAAGAUUAUGAAAUCAAGUACUGUUAUGUGGACAGGAAUAAAAGAACAGCGUUUGUGACGCUGCUGAACGGGGAGCAGGCUCAGAGCGCCAUCAGGAGGUUCCACCAGCACUGCCUGCGUGGCAAGGAGAUCUCGGUGCAGCUGCAGCCCACGGAUGCCCUGCUGUGCAUCACCAACCUGCCCCUUUCCCUGGGCAUCGAGGAGUUUGAGGAGCUGGUGCGUGCCUAUGGCAACGUGGAGCGCUGCUUCCUGGUGUACAGCGAGCUCACCGGCCGCUCCAAGGGCUACGGCUUCGUGGAGUACAUGAAGAAGGACUCUGCUGCCAAGGCCAGGCUGGAGCUCCUGGGCAAGCAGCUGGAGGACAGCACUCUGUUUGCACAGUGGAUGGAUGUGAACCAGCUCACCACAAACCUCAUUCACUCCAAGUGCCUUUGUGUGGAUAAACUGCAAAAAGACUGCGCUGAUUCCAAGGAGCUGCUCCAGGCUUUCUCCCUGAAGUACAAACCUGUCUUCUGCCAGUUUGCCCAGGACGAGGAGGGCGGCAGCGGGGACUUUGCGGUGCUGGAGUACGAGAGCGCGGAGCAGGCGGAGAGCGUGCGGGGCGCCAUGGACGGCGCCACCAUCCACGGCAGGAGGCUCCACGUGUCCUUCUGUGCCCCUGGAGCCCCGGGCAGGAGCACCCUGGCAGCCCUGAUAGCAGCACAGAGGAUGAUGAGGAACAAUAGGAAAGGUUUGCUUCCAGAGCCAAAUCCAGUGCAGAUCAUGAAAAGUUUUAAUAAUCCAGCAAUGCUGCAGAUGCUGCUGCAGCCCCAGCUGCGUGGCCACGCUGUUAAACCGGUUCUUGGAGCAUCUGCAGGCUUACCUCACCUCAUAAAUUCAGCAGUUGGGCCACCUUUUUUGCAGUUGAAUAAAGUUCAUCAGAGCUCACUGCUGGGGAGCACGUCCAGCCUGCUGCUGCAGAGCCCUGCUCAGCUGCCCCUGCCCCAGCAGCAGCUGCUGAAGAUGGAGAACGUGCAGGCAAACAGUAAACCAGGUUUGCUGGGAGAGCCUCCAGCCAUGCUGCUGCAGACAGUGCUGGGCAUAGGGGUGAUGCCAGCACUCAGCUCAGGCCUGGCAGCACGAGGAGAAGCUCUCAAGUCAGCAGCAGCAGCAGCGGGGAUGGGCAUGCUGCCAUUCUUCCCCAACCAGCACAUGGUCGGACAGGCCCUGCCCGGGCCCAACGCGGCCGCUGCGGACAAAGGCGAGGCAGCUCCGCCCUUGGCUGCGGCCCUGGCCGGGCUGCCCGGGGCGCUGCGGGCCCAGGCUGCGGGGCAGGGCAAGGGCUGCGAGCCGGGCACCGGGACUCCCUUGAAGAAACAGACUUCUCUGCUUGGGGAGCCCCCAAAAGAAAUCCGCCUGAGCACCAACCCCUACUUGAAUUUGGCAAGUGUUUUACCUGGCAUCUGUCUGCCAGCAGCAAUUGCCAGCAAAGCCUCCAGUCCUCCACAGCAGAGCAGCCUUGCAAGCAGUGUUGUGGAUGCUGCUGUGCCUCAGGGAACUGCACCACAACAUGCAGUGGAAAACUAUUUCAGUUAUUCCCAGCAGCCUGGGGAGUACCCACAGGUGGCGCCCAAGCGCAGCUCCUCGUUCCUGGUGUGCCCCGAGCCCGGCCCCGCGGAGCUGCCGGGCCCCGCUCGCUUCGCAGAGUCCUCGCUGAAGAAGAAACGCGUGUACUGAGCCCCGGGCAGCCGGGACCCCCCUGCAGGUACUGCUGCCUUAACCCCCUCCAGGAGCUCCUGCCGAGCGGGGUGAGCGCCCCCGGGCAGCCACUGCAAGCACAGAGGUGACACAGGGGUGGCUGCCCUCGCUUGGACAGGAGGGGACAGCGUUGGCUUUGUCACCUGUGGACAGAGCACAGCGAGCUGGGGCAGCUCCAGCUGAAAGCAAUAAAAACCCAGAGGAAAGAAAGCUGAUCCUUUCUCCAGCCCUCAGCCUGAGGAAGUUAAAAGAGGAAGUGUUGAUAGUAAUUAUUUUGUAUUUUUUUAACUCAGAAUGUGGGGUUUUUUUCCAACUUUCCUUUUUCCAGGAUUAAGAGCUCUGCAUUUACAGCCUUUCAAUUUUUAAUAUUUCUUCUUAAUCCUGGAAUGGAGCGAUACCAAAUGGAUUCCCAGAGCCUCGGUGACGUUCUCAAUAAAUGCCUGUCCAAAGGGAGAUGCUGCCCUGGGAUAUCCCCUGCCAUUUGGACAGUGGAAAAUCUUUGUUUUUCCAGCUUUCCCUUGGAGGGAUUCAUUCCCAGUGUGAGGCAGCCUCCUCCUUCCUUCCACAGGUGUGGGACAGCUCUUCCUGGGCCACCCCACAUUGUUUCCCACUUUUGAGUGUAUUUUCCUUUUAAAGACUUUUUGUAUUUUUAGCUUCUUAUCAGCUCUGCCUCGAGCUGUUCUCUUCAGCAAUCCUUCCUUUUGCCCCCGUGGCAGCAGAUGAGGAGCCAGCCCUCAUUCCAGUCCAUGGAAUUCUGCUGCCAACCCAUCAGGAGCCACCUCCUUCUCCCUUUUCUUUGCUAGAGAACACUGAAGCCAUUUUUCAAUACUGAUUUUUUUUAAAUUAAAAGUCUUAAACUUUUGCCUUUCAAGCUUUGGGAUGUGACCAGGAUCCACAUUUUCAAAGCUUAAAAAAAAAUCCCAAGCAAAUUCCCUUUUCCCUCAGCUGCUGGAACUGCUCCACAACCAGGAGCCAGGAGCUUUUCUGGGAUUCUGCCUGUAUGUAUUGAUAAAUUCACUUGUAAUAUUUUGUUUCAACUGUUUGUAUAUGCAACUUUCUCAACUUGUUACACUUUUCAAUGAAAAUAAAUUGUUGGUACUUACUUCAAGUGGA